AUGGUCCUCGACUACAGUAAAUGGGAUCAGCUCGAGUUGUCCGACGACUCCGAUAUCGAAGUCCAUCCCAAUGUUGACAAGCGCUCGUUUAUCCGCGCCAAACAAGCACAAAUUCAUCAGCAGCGUAUGCAGCGCCGCCAUGAGAUCGAAACCCUGAAGUACGAGCGUAUCGUCAACGACGGACUCCUCUUGCGCAUCGACAAGCUUCUCACAUCACUCAAGCAACAUGAAGGGUCUUCCAGCAACCCGGAGGAACCUGUGUUCCAGGCACUCAUGGAAUUCGCCAGCAACCCGUCGGACGAUCAGCCACCUCCACCCCCGGAAGGCGUGCACACCCAGGAGAAAGAGCAGCCUAAAUACUCCCAAAUGAUGGGCUCCCUGGUAGAUCAGGUCAAGAAUGAGAUCGGGGAUGUCCCAGAUGACAAGCUCCUCCCAGAAUACAUCAAGGGUGUGCAGGGGCAUAAGGACAAGGUGCUGGGAUUACAAAAGGAAUUGAUGGAAAGACUCGCUCAGCUGGAGAAGGAGGAAAGCAGCAAGAUUACCAGCGAUAUGUUGCAUACCGGAUUCGACACGUCCUUUGUCGCCAAGGGUGAUUCCAAGGGCAAGAGCACCGCUUCCACGCAACAAACAAGCUCCGUGGAGCUCUUGAACCCCGGAGCCGCCUCGUCGCAACAGUCCGGAGCUGAUGCUGAGGACGAGGAGGAGGAUCCAGAGAAUAUUAAGGCCAGUGAUUUGGCCAAGCGUUUCGCAAAAAUCAGACGCGACGACUACCGCUCGUUGCUUCAGUUCAUUUCGGAGCACCCCGAGAUUGUCGCAGAGAAGGAAACAGACGGUUUGUUGGUCGAAGCCUUCAACAGCCAGAUGGAAGGAAAAGAAGACUAUGCUCGCCAGUGCGUCCACCAGGGAUUGCUGCUGCAGUAUUGCCGCUCGCUGGGCCGUGAUGGCAUCUCCCUUUUCUUCAAGCGUAUCACAAACAAAGAUCAUCAAGCUGGAACCCUCUUCCGCAACGAUGUCAACGAAACCUACAACAAGAUCAAAACCCGUGCCGCAGAGCUCGCCAAAAACAGCGCUGCAUCUAACGAUCCGGCUGGUGUGGAGCAGAUCCAGCUCCAUGCCGUGGAUCCGAACACCAAGAUUACCAUCAACAUUCCUUCGGCAGAGGGCACUGAACCCGUCGAAGUGGAGGCCCGCAAGAUCUUCGAGUCCUUCCCCAAGGAUUUGCAGACUGCAUUGGCUUCAGAGUCACUGGAUGAGGUGAACAAGGUUCUCGGAAAGAUGAGCGUGGAGGAAGCCGAAGACGUUGUGGAAAAGCUCGGCCAAAGCGGUAUGCUCAGCCUCGAGGAGGGGGUCAUCGAUGCUACCACAGAAGAGGGCCGGAAGAAGCUGGAAGAGAUUGAGGCAGAGGGUAAACGGGAACAAAAGGUGGAAGAGGUGGGAGAACCGGGUGGUGAUGUGACUGAAUUGGACUGA